AUGGUCGAUCGUCAGGUAUUUAUUGGAAAUUUGUGUAAUAUAUCAAAUGAUGUACUACGUACAUAUUGCGAAUCAUAUGGUUCAUUAUCAGAACUCUCUAUUAAUAGAGAUAAAGAAAAUAAUGUCUAUCAUUGUUUCGCUUUUGUUACUUUUCAAUUCACUGGUAGUACCUCUGAAUUUAUGUCUAAUCGACCACAUAUUAUCUCAGGCGAAGAAGUAUUUGUUAAACGUGCAUUACCACGUACAACAUCAUCCAUACCGGAACGGCUUAUUGUGACUAAUCGAUUGAUUUUACAAAAUUUACACAAGUACAAUAAACAACUUGUUCGAAGUUAUUUUCAAAAAUUUGGUUUUAUUAAAAAAGUUGAUACUGAAUAUGGUUUUAUUGAUUUUGAGGAUUACGACGAUGUUGAUCGUAUUUUACUUGCUCGACCACACUACAUUCGAGAUAAAGAAAUAGUUGUAACUAAAUUUGUUCCAACUGAACAAAAAGAUAAUCUGGAUAAUGCAUUUAUACGUUCAAAUCCUCAUCGAUUAAGUACAAAUCACACUCGACGACACACAAAUAAAAAUGAAGAACAUGAUAGAACUACAAGAGCAUCGACUGAUACAAUCAAAAUUUCAUGUAGUAAAAAAGUCGAGAAAAAUUCGUGCCAUAUAACAUCGAAUACGAAGCAAUGUGAUAGAGAUGGCAACGAAAAUGAAGAAAUGAAUAGUAAUUAUUUAAAUGAUCCAUAUGAACAUCUUGAAGAAGAAUUUCAAGAAUAUAAAAAAGCAAAAGAAAUUGAAAUAUGUACUUUACGAAUGGAUUUAGAACGUACAAAAAAACAAUUAAUCGGUAUAACACAAGAAAAACUUAAUGUUUUAAUAAAUAAUCAAAAAUGCUUUCAUAACGAACUAAUGCUUCGCCUAUCUUCGAAUGAUACAUCAGUUCAUAUACAAACAAUUGAAAAUCAAUUGCCUUCAACUCCAGAUCAAAUAACAAAAAAACGAAAAUUAGAAACAUCAUCGCCAUCAUCACCAAUUCAUCGUGAAUACGACUAUUAUUCAUAG